AUGGUCAGGCAUGAAGAAAGGAAGAUCCGGAGUUAUGACAAGGUUAUACGGAUUAAAAAAAUUGAUAAAAUUACAAAGGAUGGUAAGAUACGUUUGAUUUUUUGGGUCGUCAUAAAUCUUAGGGUGGAGGAAUAUGUACAUGUACAAUAUGCUGAAACAUACAUACACACGUAUAAACACGUGUUUACUUACGUAAAGAAUAGAAUAGAUUUGGGUCAGUUGAUAUUGUUCAUAUCUCUUCUUGCAUUGCUUACUGAGAAAAGGACAAUUGGCGAUCGAAGAGUUGAGAUCGAAAUCGAAAAAGCGGAAUUGAGAAAGAUGGCAAGGGACAAAGGUUAUCGUGCACAACUUUCAGUGUACUUUUAA